GUGAAGUCAAUAUCAGUGUCAGCUCUAUAGUGAUGCAAUAACUUGUAUAUGUCAUUUUUCUGUUAUUGGACAUUAGUUAUUCAAGAAAUUUACACUGCAGGUUUUUGUUUAACUCAUUAGUUAAUGUUGUAAAAAUAUUAUAUGAUAUUUUCUAUAUGACAGUGAAGACUUUUGAAGCAACUGCAUGGCCUGAAGUUGAUUUCCUUGAAUAUAACAUAAGAAUGUUCUAAAUGUUUCCAAAGCUAUAUGCUUUGUUACUGUUCCGUGCGCAUACUCUUUUCACUUCCUUUUGGUAGCCUUUCUCACUCAGACAGCUGCAGCCACAGAGGCAGAGAGAGCUGAACGCGGACCAGAAAACAUCAGGAAGGAAAUAGCGAGUGAGCUGAGACUGACCAAGAACUCCCGAAAUCCUGUCCUGACGUCAGAUAUGUCCAGGUUGGACGCGACAGAAACGUUUGAUGGAAUAAAGUUUCCUGGACACCUGCACACGCAGGAGUCUUUGCAGCUCGCUCUCAGAUUCCCUUUUCAAGACACGGACAUCGUCAUUGUCUCCUAUCCAAAGUCAGGUACCACAUGGAUGCAGCAAAUGGUAACUCUGAUCUCCAACAAAGGGGAUCCACACAUGUGCCAAACGGUCCCAAACUGGGCUCGUGCGCCUUGGCUGGAGCACCAUUACAGCGCAGCGCUUGUCGACACCUUAAGCCGACCUCGGGUUAUCACCACUCACCUGCCUCAUCGCAUGCUGGCCCGGGCUCUCCGGGGCUCCAAAGCUAGGGUGAUUUAUGUGAGCAGAAACCCAAAAGAUGUAGUGGUCUCUUUUUACCACUUCCACAAAAUGGCCAACUUCCUGCCGGAGGCUGGUUCCUUUCAAGACUUUUUGAACACAUUUCUGGAGGGCACAGUGCAUUUUGGCUCCUGGUUUGACCAUGUCAAAGGAUGGACGAGCCAAUUAGGAGCUAUGACAAAUCUGCUUCAUGUGACCUAUGAAGAGAUGUCAAUGGACUUUCAAGGCUCAAUUGUGAAGGUGAGCGCUUUCCUUCAGUGUCCCCUGGUGGAGGAUGAGGUGAAUAGCUGUGCGAGACACUGCAGCUUCAGCAGCAUGAGAGACAACAGGAUGAUCAACUGCACCCUCAUUCCUCAUGAGAUCCUGGACCACAGCAAGGGCUCCUUCAUGAGGAGCGGUAAAGUUGGUGACUGGAGAAACAUGUUCACAGAGGAGCAGAAUGAACACUUUGAGAGGGUUCUGAUGGGAAAGAUGCAGGGUUGCUCUGUGGAGUUUGUGUGGGAAGAUGCAGCUCAAAGGUAGCUUCACAUAAAACAGCAUGGAGACACAAAGAGCUUGUAUGUGCCUGCGCCAAGACAAUCACCUGGCACCCCUUGUUUUUUGUUUGUUUGCUUUAAGGCAUCAAGUGUGAAACUAAACAACCAAAUAAAUGUUUUAUUAUCCAUGCUUAAUUCUGAAAGGAUGUCUGGCGGUCAACUCUUUUGAAAUUCUGCCACAAUUUUAUGUCAUGGUGGGGCUAAUUCAUCUACAUAAGACAAACAGGGGAUACCCCUAAACAUGGGCUACAUUCAGCAUGACAUGAACAGGAUGUGUGAAAUGUAAUCUAAUUCUUCAGCCUUGGGCUAGGUUGACGAACACAAGUCACAGAUCUGUUUUUAAGACACCUAGGAACUUUUUUCAGUCAUUAUAUAUUAUAUAUAAUUGCGAAAAGUGUUUUGUUUGUUUUGUGCGCUUAAUGUGUAGGAGCACAAUUUCCAUUGGUUUGCUGUGCACUCAUAAAAGUCCACACUGGACCAGAAGAUGCGCAUGCACGCACACAGCCAUGUGUGAAGCCACUUUGCACCUUGCUAUUUAUCAGCCUUCUGCUACAGGGAAGGGCACAAAAGGGUCAAGCUUGUGUCAGUGUUGAUUGCAUUAGGAGAGAUGGCGCAGCUUGUGUUUUAUUUAGAUUGGCGGCUGAGUGUGCAUUGCUUCAAGUCCGAAGCAAGCCAUAUUGCAACUGUUGCACUCUUCUCACUGCGAGAAGAAUUCAACAGAUGAAACAAUUUCAUUCAUUCAAGCCCUUUUUCCUGUGUCAAAGCAAAACCUGCAGUGAUUCCAUACAAUGCUGCACAAUGCUGUUCAUGCUUGAUUCAUCAAGUUGGUUUUUUGUAAUCUUUGGAUGUGCUGUGAUUAAAUAAUUGAAGCAAAAUACUUGCUUAUGGAGACAUUGUAUUGGCAGACA